UUUCCUCCAGUUCCCGGAGAACUAGAAAAUUCAACGGAUGUAAAUUCAACAUUUCCUAAUCCAGAAAUUGGAGCUAGUGAUUCUGCGAUUUCUGUCGAAGGCUGGUUGAUAAACACCAAUGACUCCGAGGUUGACAGUAUUGAUGUCAAAGUUGGAGAUGAAUUACUGAAUGAGCAAGGCAAUUUGACUGAAAUUAGUAACGCGACAGUCACUGAGCCUAAUAGAUCUGAUCCGGUUUAUAAAAAUUAUAAUAAUUGUAUUACUGAUCAAAUUUAUGGCGCUGUUGAGAUUGUUAAUGCAACCAGACUAAUGGAAUUAUUAAUAAUUGAGCCAUCGCCAGUAAAUCGUACUGAUAAUGCAACAACCAAAGAUAAUAAAUCUAAUCCACGUACAUGUUUGCUAGUGCUCUUUUAUUCACGGUGGUGUGUAUUUAGCAGUCAAGCUGCACCGCACUUUAAUGCGCUACCUCGUUUCUAUCCACAU